AUGGACAACGGCGGCGCAGGCGGCAACGCCUCAUCACCGUCACCAGAGCUCGCCGUCGACCUGUCGACGGCGCAGGAGCCUUUGAGCCAGGCGGAGCGCGCUGCGGCUCGCGACACCUUCUAUCGCGUCGUGCAGCACUUUGAGACGACCGACCCCUACAACACUGCGUCACGCACCACCCGUCGCACGCUGUACAGCCAGCCACUCCUUGUACGGUACACUUAUGAGUUCGCACGGUCGGUCGAGUCACAAGACAUCUUCUUGCGGUCGUUUUGCAACGCCCUUGCUCUCGACGUUGCGGCGAUCGACGUGACGCUCGACUUUGACGAGCUUGCGCCUCUGUUUUCGGCGUUUGCCGAGUACCUUAUGGAUAACUUUUUUCUCCCCUGCCUAUGUCGGGACCGAGGAGCGGCUAUCGACGCUGAGAGCUGA